UUGACGUUUUUCCAAAAUUUGAGAUUUAAGAAUCCAUUUUGCUGUCACAAAAUUUUAAUGUUAAAAAAUCGAAAAAUAACUUUACUGAUCUAAUAUUUUCAGCUUUAACGUUGUUUCGACGCAGAACAAACAAACAAGGCUACGCCCUUACGAUAUUUCAUCUGCGUUGUUAAUUUUUUGUUUCCAACAUAGGCCUCUCAGACACUGCCGUUAUGGAUAUGAUGGUAUCAACGUUACAACAGCAACGUGCUGUAACUGAACAACUGCGGAGGGAGGCCGCUAUAAAGCGCGUGCCGGUUUCUGUAGCGGUUUCAGAUAUUGUGAGAUACAUUAACGAACACGAGCAGGAAGAUUGCCUCCUGGUUGGCUUUUCCAGUCAAAAAGUUAACCCCUUCAGGGAAAAGAGCUCAUGUACUGUCCUCUAAAUACUACUAUUUAUAUUCUACCGUUUUAUUUAUUGCUGAAACAGUUUUCUGAAAGAUGUGUAUGCUUUCCUUCAUGAAUCUAUACCCUUCAUGUGAUUGUGUUUCUAAAAUAUUUUACCAGCCCUUUGUAUGACUUGUGUAUUUCUGUGAAUAAAAAUAUGUGAAGAGAA